AUGUCUGGCGGGCGGCUGGUGGUGCUGGACCGUCAGGGUCGUGAUGUGAAGCGGUACCCACUGCCGGAGGGGCUCGCAACGCUGGGCAGCGACCCCGCCUGCAACAUCAGAGUGAUGCUGCCCUCUGUCUGUCCCCACCAUGCUACGGUCGUCGUACAUGCUAAUCAGGCGGUGGUGCGCAACGUGAGCACCGGGGAGACGCUGGUGAACGGGCGCGGCGUGAGCGUGGCGGCGCUGCGGCACGGGGACACCAUCGCGCUGGGCGGCCGCCGCCUGCGCUGGGAGUACGACAGGCCCGCCGCCGCGCGGCCCGCGCCGCAGCCCGCGCUGCCGCCGCCCGCGGCCCGCAGCGCAGCCCGCGGCCCGCGCCGCCGCACCGCGCCCGCGCCGCCGCCCCCGCGCGACCCCGCGCUCCACCUCGCGCUCGAGAUGCGCCACCGCGCCUCCAUGCCCGCUAGUGCUGGCGGUAAACAAGUGGCAAUUGUACAACCACAACGAAGAGAUACUACCGAACUUAAUGAUCAGCACAGUACGCCGCGUUCAUACGCACAAACAAACAAAAGACCAAGAAUCUCUAACAAUGAGUUAGACACUUCUGUCAAUUCCGAAAGUGAUAAAUCCAAGCGUAAAUCUAACGCGAGGCCGAGCGCCAAGAGUCCAGUAGCCAACCUGCAGGGCACCACAAAAGCGACGCUUUGGAUCGAAUCUCGGAAGACGAGUCCAAGAAAAAGUGUGAAGUUACAAACUCCGGUGCCGGCCACUCCAUUGCGGAUGACUGUGUUGAAGAAAGCGCAGAGCGCCCAGAAGAUAAGAGUCACGAAGAUCCAAGCCCCAUUAAAAAUUGAUCAUACAAAGCAAGCAGCUAUCAUGCUGAUGACGGGUCAUACACCUAAGAAUCUUCCGAGCCCUAAAAAUGCAAAGAAAAGUCCCAAGACUCCAACAUUACUUGUAAAGAAAUCAAGUCCAGUGCGCAAGACUCCGCGCGGCAGUUAUAACAGAAUAUCGAAGGAGACUGCAGGAACACCUAAAAAUAGGAUGUCAGUAAAUAGAAAUACUCCAAACAGUACUGUAUCAUCAUCAUCAAUCAGAAGCAGCAGGCGGACUAGAAAUUCUCCAAUUGAUCAGUCGGUGUUGACCUCGCCAUUACUGCCAACUCCUAAAAAGUCUGCACUCAAAGAUCCUUCUGCAAAGAAAAGCGUCAGGAAAACAGAAUCAAUUAAAUUUGACUUGAGCAACUUGGAGAACCAUAAUGAAGAUUCAGAAGAUGUUUUUAUGAUUAGUGACACCACAUAUUCCAAACAUGACACGGGUAGUUCUUAUGGUGAGGAUGACUUGACUUUACGCUACUCUGAAACGCCUAGUAUACAAUCUCCAUCUCCUAGGAAAUCUAUUCACUCCCGAAGUAGCAAGAUUCUCGAAAAGACUUUAGGCACGCCUACCAAAAUUUCCACUUCCCGUAAUCAGAGUACAUUGACCCCUGAGUCGCCGCGCACUAGAAAGUCCUCACGCGGAAGUCUUAUACUGCAGAGCGCUCUACGAUCAGAAAAUUUGGAACCAAGUACCAGAUAUUCACAGAGAACUACCAAGUCCUUGUCUGAUGACAGCUACAACACAACAGUUGCAUCUGCAUUUAGAACUAAAACACUGAGUCCUCGUUCGCCGAGUCGGAACAAUCUAGAAUCUUAUUCCAUCGUAGAUCUCGUGUCGGUAGAUUCCACACAAUCUGUUAACUCUUCCGUGUAUGACUCUAUUCGGACAACAAACAGUGGUACUUUUGGCACUCCACAAAGUAACGUAAGGAAAACGAGAUCUACAAUUGAUCCAGCAUUCUUGAGCUCAAGUACACCGUAUGUUGAGAAACCUAAGCGAACGUCGACUUCAAGGUCCCAAUCCAGUCCUAAUAUAUCCCGAAGUCAAUCCAAAAAUGAUUCUCAGUCUUCAACAAGAAGCAAUCGAAGGUCGAAAUCACUAACAACGCCGGAAAACGCCCAAACGUCUAUCCCAGUUAACAGCACAAGAAUCUCUCGGGCCUCGCGAAGUCGGUCACGUAUUAACGACAGUGAUUUUCUUAUAUCCUCUGAAGAUGGCACUGAAAUGGAGGACGUGUCGCCUAAAUCAUCGAAAAGAUUGAGUAGGCCUAACAAAUCUCAAUUGUUUAGCCCAGCUGACAAAAGUACAAGGAAAAGUACUACGAACGUAUCGACUCGCAGAAGCACUAAACACAGUGAAGGUACAAGUACGCCUGAAAACAGAAAUAGCCCUGAAGAAGCUGGAACUCCGGUAUUGAGUAUACAAAGUUUGUUGGAUUCUAGUCAAAGUUCUUUGGCGUCGCAAAGGUCUCCCAAAUCGAGGAAGAAAGGUCGUUCGUCAAUCAUUGUUAAAAGAAAGACUAUUGGCGUCAUACCUUCUGGGCGAAAAAGAGGCCGUCCCGCUCCUCUAUCUAAAUCAUUGAGCUUUGGUUCCAGAAAACUUCGUACUCGUUUAAGUAAGGACUCGUUAGCAAAUUCAUACGAUAAAUACGAAGGUCCUGUAAACGAGGAAAUAGUAACACCAAAAAGUGGCGUGAAAUUAAUACAGGAAGCUGUCAAAAACAAACAUUCUACUGCCAAAAAGCCACAGUCCAAACGAUCUAUAAUAGAUGAUCUGAACGCUUCUGAUAUUGUGAAACAAUUAUUCAACAGUCCUGUUAAAAGGAAAUUGUCACAGAGUAUGUCAGAGUUUUCAAGGAAACAGCUCUUUGAUGAUGAUGACGAUAUUGUUAUAGUUAAGCGCCCGACGCGUAACACAGUCGCUAUAACGGGACGGACGCCAGAUAACUCCUUAUUGGAACAGACGGGAAGUUAUUCCCCUGAAGUAUUUGUUAGUCCGUUGGGUACUCCCAACAAUAGCCCUAACUUGACUGGCAUAAAACGUUUAUUCCGUAAGCAAACCCCUGACAAUGAUUUACGGAACGUCAGUGGUGUCAAAAACUUGUUACGAACACCACGAACCAGACAAUCGGUCAAGAAUGAUUUGUCCCAAGUUACAGGUGUAAAAAGAGUAUUCGCUAAGUCGCCUAAAAAUCGUUUGAGCGACGUUGCAGUGAAAAGAGUAUUUGCAGCAUCCCCUAAAAAUGACUUAGGACGCGUGUCUGGUGUGAAAUCUUUGUUCCAAUCGCAAAGGAAGAACAAAUCGCCGAGAAAUGAUUUGUCUGAUGUUCGAGGCGUGAAAAAAUUAUUUAGCAGGAAUAGUCCUGCUAAUAAUUUGACGAACGUUUCGGGCGUUAAAGGAGCCCUGCAGAAAAAAUCACCUAAGAACGAUUUGACCGAUGUGAGAGGAGUGCGCGGUAUAUUCCGCCAGCGGCGGCAGCAGCGAGACGACUUGAACGACGUCAGCGGCGUAGAGGAGCUGUUUAAUUUGUCAAAUAACUCUCGUAAAGAUGCAGACAGUCUGUUCGAUCGUUUAGUUGGUAAGCCACAAAUAAAGGCUGUAUACUCUAAAACAUUUAUAAAGAAAGAUUCCAAGGCAAAAUCACGCAAAUCUGCUGCUAAAUCACUGCACUUGUCUAUGGAUGCGAUAACCAAUAAUGUUGAGGAGUGGUUGCAGCAAGAGUUGCAAAAUCGACUGUAUAAAGAUAAAACACCUGCUAGUAACGUUACAAAAUCAAAUUUAACUCGCGAGUUGCAGAAAUUAGCGACAGAUACCGUGGAAGGCAAUUCUCCUUUCCGCCAGUCUAGAGUACGCAAUAGUACGAUUACAAAAAGCGUGACCACACAGGCGUCGGAUCGCAAGAAAUCCGCAUCGGAAUUAUACAGUGCUCAUACUUUGCCAAUCAAGAAGAGGUCCCUAGUGGAAGUUUCUAUAGACAAGACCAGGAAUGAGAGCAGGUCAAACGUUUUGCCAAUAAAGAAGCGCGUGGUGGUGCAUUCGACUCCGGUGAAGGGUCGCAACCUGACGAUGAACGCAUCUGAGCUCGGCCGCGUGUCACCCAUCGCAGCUGUCGAAACUCAUGUCACGUCAAUUCAGGAACCAGUUAUUGUGGGAAUAAAGUUACCUAAAGGAAGAAGGACUACGAGAACUAAAUUAGUGGAAAGCAACGUAAAAGUUGCUAAAUUGUCACCAAAGAAACCUAGAGUUUCCGAAAUCAUAGUAAAAAGUCCCGGAGUGAGGACAACGAGGGCGCUUAGAGGGAAUAAGAACGACAACUCGCAACCUACCCCUAAAAAACAAAGGGUUUCUCUUGUUAUUACUAAGAAACAACCGAUUCCAAUUCCUAAGUCUACAACGCGAAAAGGAAAGAUCGGUCAGAAACCUGUACAAGCGUCUCCUAAAGAGAAUCCAAAGAAAAGAAUAACUCGCCAACAGAAAGACGAAACUGCAACGAGUAUAGUGAAAACUCCAAAAAAAACUAGAGCUAAAGUUCAAAAAGCGAGUGUUGUGGUGAGCAAGCCGUCACCACAAUUGAAACCACGAGCCGCCAAUACUAGGCGCAAGGAAACUAAGGAGGCUAAAGUUGUUUCAAAGACAGCACAGCCAGAAACCAAGCGAAGAAUGCGUAACAAUGAAGCAUCUGUUAGUGACGCCAUAGGAAAUGUCGAGAAUAAAGGUAAACGAAAGAAAGUAGAAUCUCCGAAAUCAUCCAAAGCAGCAGAACCACUACCACGGCAAUCCAGAGCCACAAAAGGGCGUCAAACUAAUGUUGGAAAGUCUCAACCACAAUUGAAAAAUAAUAAAAAAGUACCAAAUAAGCCUAACGCCAAGAAAGCUGAACCGCAGAGUAAAGCUGUAAACACGAGCGCUAAGACUAGAGGCAGGAAAACUGUAGCUAUUGUUGAAGUAAAAGAAACUAAAACUCGUGGAAAAAACAUUAAAUCGGAAGAAAUUGCAACCAGUAAGUCUAAAGCCCGUGGGAAAAACGAAUCUUUGGAAAAAAAUAAAUCUCGUGUGAAGAAAUCAGAACCGAAACCCGUCGUCACACCAAUUAAGAAAGGGCGCGGAGCGAGAAAAGUUAAUGCUGACACCACAAUCUCUGAAGUUAUUACAACUCGUAAAAGAAAAACAACAGUGGAACAAGACCUGCCUAGUAAACUUAGAAAAACUAAGAGCGACGACAUAGCACAAUCUAAAGCUAAAGGCAAUAAAAAUGUGGAAAGUAAAACAAGUGGGCGACAGAAGAAAGCAGUAGCGAAUACAAGCAAAGAUGUUAGUAAAGGAGCAGGUGAUGGAGGGAAGAGUAAAUCACGGCCUGCAAGGUCCAGGAAGGCUGAGCAAGACGCGUCGGUAACACAAAAACAGGAAGCUAAGCCUACCAGAGGGAGGAAGACUGCAUCGGUAGUGGACAACGCAACCCAAAGAGGCGGACGUAAAAGAAAAUUGGCCGCAGAAACACCAGACAAGUCUCUUAAAGAAUCAAAUAAGAAGCAACCGCCGGCGAAGAGGAGCCGCAAGGCGGAAGUAGCCGCCGUCCCCCGCGCGGUGGAAGGGGCGGGGAACACACGCCGAACAAGAGCUACGCAAGGUCGCGGCGGGAAGAGGUAACCCCGUGAUGCGGUAACACGGCCAAACGAGUACAAAUUUUACAAUAAGAUGUUUCCUGAACAGCUUUAUUUUUGGAGAAUUUUUAAAGUAUUCAUAACUAGGAUUCUGAUGAUAUUUGACGUUCAGGUGUGAUACGGUGUCUUAAUGUGUUCUCAAUUUUAUAGGCAGACCUUUAUUUUAUAUUAAUAUCUAGUUUUUUUUUAUGGAUGACGUUGAUAUUACUUCUUGACAUGUGAAUUGUACAAUGCCUAACAGAACUAACGCAAUCUAACAGUGUUCUGCACAGAAUACUGAUGUAUUUUUAUUGUACCACGAUAUUCAGCAUUCAUGCAUACGGCCCAUCUGAUGAUAGAUGGCUACCGUAGCCUAUGGUCGUGUGAAACACCAGGGAUAGACGAUCUUGUAGGUCUGGGGUGUAAUACACUGCCUCAGCUUCUGAUAGUCGUGUGUUAGAUCCUUACAUGAUUGUAAUUCAUAAUUGACCCCCGUUUUGCCAUAUCAAUUAAAAUCGCUAUUAAAAUUAGGGGUUUAUUGUAGAAGAUUGAAAAUUUAGGUUUAUAUGCAUUUUUUAAUGAGGAAUCAUAAAAAAAAGAAAAUUUUCAAAAAAUAAAAAUAAUA